AUGGGAAAGCGCGCGAACUACGUGUCGCAGGACAUGGCUGCGGCAGCUGCUUUGCUGGCUAAAGUGAAGGGGAAACCGAAGCCAGCUGCCCCGAAAGCUGCCCCGGCCACUCCUGCAAAGACCCCCGAAGCAGAACAAGCACCACCAGAGACCCCGGAUGAGAAGAUGACACCCAUCCGCAGCCCUUACCAGAAGAAGAGCAAGACCGAGGAAGUGGCAGAAGCCAGCACUUUCUUGACACAUGCCUGCACCGUCACGGAGGAGCCAGAUGCAGAGACCGAGACCUGCCUGGACCAACCGAUGCCAAGCCCGGAGCCUCCUACGAUCCCAAAGCUGGAGCCUUCGCAAACCACACCGGCUAAGCAGCUCUUUGCAACCCCUGCCAAAGGUGACACCCAGAUUGAGACCCAGCUGGAUGCACAUGAUGAUUUGUCAAACAAGCUCCAGGAGCUCUUGGAAGCAGAGUACGAGAAGAUCGACACUGAGGACGACAAAGCCGAGCAGGUGGAUGACCAAGGCAAGCAUGCUUGGAGCUCGUGGUGGGACGAUCAUCAUGAGGGCUGGAGCUCUCAGUCAUGGACCGAUUGGAGCUGGGACCGCUGGGACUCCUGGACUAGCCCUUGGGGCCGAUCCUGGUCACGGAAGUCCUGGAGCCACGAGGAUUGGCACGAAGAGCUGCAGCGUGGACCAUCGGUGGAUUUGGCACCGUACACUACGCAUGAGCCGGACCGCAAGGAUGAGAACGAGCAGGACCGGGUCUAUACAGCCUUGAACAGGCAGCAGACGUCUUGGUUGGAUCAGUCCCGACCUGCUGCAUGCCCGCUCCAAGAUCAAGAGCCGAGCCGCCCGAAGAUGGACCGGGAGGAGCCAACGAAGACAGUCACAGCGGAGCAGCAGGCGCCGAUCCCCCCGAAGAUCCACCAGCAGGCCGAGUCGAACAACACAGUCACACCGGAGCACCAGGCGCCGAUCCCCCCGAAGAUCCACCAGCAGGCCGAGCCGAAGAACACAGUCACACCGGAGCAGCAGGCGCCGAUCCCCCCGAAGAUCCACCAGCAGGCUGAGCCCAAGAACACAGUCACACCGGAGCAGCAGCAGGCGCCGAUCCCCCCGAAGAUCCACCAGCAGGCCGAGCCCAAGAACACAGUCACACCGGAGCAGCAGCAGGCGCCGAUCCCCGCGAAGAUCCACCAGCAGGCCGAGCCGAAGAACACAGUCACACCGGAGCAGCAGCAGGCGCCGAUCCCGAUGGAGACAGACCAGCAGGACCCGAAGAACACAGACCAGCAGGACCCGGCAACGACGAAGCCAGUCCAAGUCAAGGAGGAGCAGAAGAUGGGUGGUCCCGGAGAUGAGUGGCGCUGUGACAAGCGUGGGCGGCUUCUCAAGCCACAUGCGCUGUACAUGAGGUUCUACCGGAAUAUCAGGUCUUCCAGAAGCUCCGUGAUCGGUCGACGUGUAGUCGAGACCGUGAGCUCAAACUCGGAGGAAUCCGAAGACAUGUACGAGUUCUGGAGCUAUCGGCGUAUGGUGGACGAAUUAGGACAGGACCUAGCUGACGACCUAGUGGCCCGCCACAAGAAGGAGGAUCCCAAUGACAUGUAUCGGUACAAGAACUAUGCCCGGACUGCAGACUACAAGCGCAAGAAGUUCGAGACUUCAGCGGAGUUUGAGUGCACAGCCCAAGUCGAGGAAGAGGCCAACAACAAAGCCAACAACGAGCUCACCGAGCAGGAAGGUUUCGAGACAGCCCUCUUGGAAGCGGGGGUGGGCCAGAAAAUGAUGGAUGCGAUGAUGGACGACCUCGCGCCCGCCCUGCAGGACCUCAAGGAAGCCAAAGCCACGGUAGCUAUCGCAUUGGGCAAAAAGAAGGAUGAUUUGCAGGCUCCCACCGAGGCCUUAUUGAAAGCGCUCUUGAAUUUCAAGAAGCUGGCUGUUCCGCUGACGACAAAGCUGUUGCAGAUGUUUCUACACGGACAUCGAGCCGAUCGGGGACCCCUGAUGCACCGUUUAGCCGAUCGCGAUCGGCUAAACCUCGACCUGGGCGACCUGUGCCUGAAUCUAGAUUUACUCGUUGCAAGAGAUCACGAUCUAGAUCCGACCCUCGUGAACCUGCCUCGAGCUCGGUACGAAAAGAUCGCGAUCUCCGGCAGGAAUUUUUGGGAGCACUUCAGACAGCUGGAUGUGGAAUGGGCCAAGCGGCAUCCAGCUGGCAACGACCACGUGCCAGUCACACUGAGACCGAUCCUGCACCGCACCUGCUGGUCUUUGCAAGCUGCAUUUGCUGGACGGCGACCGCAGUCGAACCCGGAGGAUCCGUGCUUGCAGAUCCCAAAGCUACACAGCCAGCUCAAGGGAUCUUUGUCUCGCAAGUUUGCAGUGGCAGAAUUCAAAGGAGAUUGGGACUGGCACAAGAUCUUCUGGCAGCUGCGUACACAGUGGCAGGCACGCCACAUUUGUCAUCUGUGCCGUGCGACCCGAAACGCCAAGCACCAUGCCAAGCUCUGCUUCGUCCUCUUUGGAUCCGAUUUCCCUCGUCGAACAUUCGAAGAGUGCUUGGUGGAGUCGAUGCCCGAUUCUCCCAUCCCUCUGGUGCUGUGUGAGGGUUUCCACCCGGGCAUCAUUCGCUUCUGUGCGAUGCAUGUUUUGGCAUUGGGGAUUUUUCAGACUCUCUGUGCGGAAGCAUUGCUCUGGAUGGUCGAGCACAGAAUCUUUUGCCCAGCUGCUGAGGAAAUGGACGAGCAGCUAAGACAUGGGUUUAUGAAUUUCAAAUCCUGGCUAUCCAAGAACAAGCUGGCAUGCAGCGGGCGUGUCUUCACGAUGAAGUGCCUGCACGUGAAGGAGCAGGACUACCCAUUUUUGGGAUACAAGGCGUUCAAUUGUCGGAUCGUCCUUGCCUGGUGUGCUGCCACUUGCUUCGCAUUCAUUAUAGCAUUUGCAUUGCGACGUCGAAAUGCCGCUGUGCUCUGCGACCCAGAGAUUCAACAGAAGAUCUGCCAGCGUGGGAACGAAGAGUCACAGCAUGACUUCCAAAAUCGCUGCGACUUGAACACGAUCAUCACGAGCUGUGUGUUCCUCAUGAGCGAAGUGCAGAAUGAUCUGGAGAGUAUGGGCCGGUACUUGAGUGCCAGCGAGAGUGAGCAGCUCUACAGUCGAGGUCAGCAAUGCCUUCGUUUCUACAGAGAAGCCGCUUUGAUAUUCGCUUCCAGAAAGCAGCUUCGUUUCUUCCUGCGACCGAAACUCCACGCGCUGGAUGAGCUACUGUAUUUAUCCCUGCGGGAACGUUACAAUCCCAGAUUCUACCAGAACUACGCAGAGGAGGACGUCCUCGGACUCCUCAAGCCUCUGGCACAGAAGGCUGUGGCCGCAACAGCUAGAAACUUCGAGGUUUCUAUGUUGAAGCGGUAUUUCUUGAGGUGGGAUUGGGCCGAAAUUCAUGCAGUCCUUCUAUAUAUAAUAACACCAUUCGAAAAUUCAGAAUUAAAAUCUUUGCAACUAUAUCAGGCUUCUUUCCGAUCGGCCUGA